CAAUCAGUUUGCGUCAGAAAAAACGUCACCAUUAAAAAACAUGCUUUUUUACGCAAGAAAAUCGUGCUUGUGUAAAAUCGAUGUAAAUUGUAAACUUUGUAAAAAGUAUUGUAAAUUAGAUACUUCGUAAAGGUAUCAUUCACACACAAUCGGAAAGCUUCAGCAAUCCAGAAACCCAAUGAACGUUUAGAGUUUACAUCGGUAUGAAAUAUCGCGGAACAGUCGAAUCAGAUGUAAAAAGUAUUGAUUGAAGCGAGGCGGUGCAGCGACAAAUUACACGAGUGCAUGGGUGUUGCCUAUAGUUUAUGCGGAUAAAGUGCUUUUAUAAUUUGUAUCUUACUCAUACAUGACACCAAGCGAAAGGUACGGUGCGUGAUGGCUACCCGUCGACCACGCGUGAAAGUCGCGGCUAAUCUUAGCAUUCGCCGGCCACCAAAAAUAAAUACGGCUAAUGUUGCUGUAGAUUUAAUCAAACAAGAAGUUCCGGUAACUGCUUCGGCGCCGGCUAAGGAAGCCGAUAUCCCGCACAGUGUCGCACUGCUUCCACCGGUGUCCAAAGAUAUAGUGGCCGAAGAGAUUAUUCAAACAGGCACACUUCCGACACCCAAACCUGAUGUACCAUCUGAAGAACCGUUCCAGGAUUUUAAGCUACCGAAACCGGUAGAUGAUGUGGCGAAGGUGUCGAGCUACCCCGAACCAAACACAAGCACGGCAAACACUUUUCACAAUGGCGACGAACCAAUGUCCCCACGGAAGCAGGAUUCCCGUCCCACGUUUACAUUACCACUUGCACGCAAAAGAAAUCGUACCGAAUCGCUCACCUCAAAUAAAUCCCUUCCGGAAGGGGUGACUGUCAACAAGGUAACCAGGAAGGUGGCAACCAAGCAGGAAGAAUCGCAGCGUACGCUGGAAAACAAAAAGGAGAUCCGCAAACGAUUGACAAACAUUGAAAAUGUAAACAAACAGAACCUAACCAUGUUCGACAUGAUCUAUUACAAUCCGAUCAAUAAUCCAAUGACACUGCCCGCCCUUAGCAAGCGUGGUUCGCUGGAAAAUAUUCCCAAAAGUGUCGAUGGUCGUGAGAGGGAUGGAGUGCGUAGCCGCAGCGUAAGUAAAUCGCGCUCACCCACACCGGCUCCGUCCGGUUCGGCGCCGGUACCAAGCCCGAUACCGGCUGCCCCGGUACAAUUAACACCCCAGCUGAAGUUGGGCCCUAACGGGGAAAUGAUACUCGAUGAAGCUAGUCUAGUGAUUGAGAAUGAGCGCGAGAAGGAAAUGCGCGAAACGCUUGCCAAUACGGACAUCGUGUAUCAGGACGAGUACAGUGGCAAUUCUGGCUACUACAGCCGUAUCAGACGGACGAAGGAUUGGGCUGACGAAGAAACGAUUCGUUUUUACCGUUGCCUACACACGAUUGGAACCGAUUUCUCUAUGAUGCUGACAUUGUUUCCCCAACGAUCUCGUCGUGAUCUCAAACUUAAGUUUAAAAAAGAAGAACGUCUCAACCUGCGGUUAGUGAAUAAAGCGCUACUCCAUCCGAAGGAGUUCAACGUGGAUGAGUUGCGCCAACAGUUUGCAGAGGAAGAUGAACAGCUUGAAAAGCAAAGGCAGGAGGAAAAGCAACGUAAAAUGGAAUCGAUGGAACAACACCACAAGGAGCAGUUGCGGAAAAAACUCAUGCUACAAAUGUCCACCAGUAACAACCCUCAAAGGCGGCUCAGUAAAUCUGAGCGAGUGAUGGCGGACGGGUCCGAGCUAUUGGGAGUGGAAAUAAAAAAACCAAAACGUAAAGCACCCUCGAAGAAGCGAACUAGUGCGAAGCCAGUAAUUGUCACGCUUCCAGCCAUUGCGGAUGCAGAGCAAGCGGAGGAACAACAGCAGGUGUUUGGAACCGUGUCCGAGGUCAACACUAUGGGCUUGUUAUGUAACUCAGCAAAUAGCCUAACGAUUGAUAUUGUUCCUAAGGAAAGCUUUAAGAAACGUAAACGUACACCUACACCAAAGAAACGAGCGACGGCGAAGCUAGAUUCUAGCACGAUUAAAACUAAUGCUGUCGAAUCGAAGGUGGAACAACAAGUUGAAUCCAUUCUCGAGAUAAAUCAGUGUAUCGCCGCUGAUACGGAUAAUACCAGCGUGGAAAUCGCAGCUGAUGCAGAAUUGUCUAAAGAAACUGCUCGUUUUCCUGCAUCGAAGAAACGUGAUACGGCGAAGCUGGCUUCUACCAAGGUUACAUCGGACAUGCUCCAAGAGCAACAGCAGCAACACCUGCCUGAAUUCGUACCUGAGCGUCAUACAUCGCCUCACCGUUUGGUUGAUAAUGCCAACAACGUACCAGUGAACACGGCAAUAAUUACCGUGACCAGCGAAUGUUCUACAAACUCAUCUUCAUUGAAUCAACCCAUCGGAAGUACAUCACCUGUUCCGGCUUCUUCAAACGUUGUCGAGAAAAAUGACCAGCAACCGGUUGAGAGUAUGUCGGAAGAAAAUGUUCUGGUUUUAAUGGAAGAACCGAAGAACACUUCUAACUACCGCACUUCAGGUGCGAAACGUGGUGCGAAAAAGCUUUCCAAGGUACGGAAGCGUAAACCUAAGAUAAAGAAACAAUUUACUCGUAAAGCCGUUACGACCGGAUCGGUCGCAUUAAAGGGUGCGGACACCAAGGAGCAAGCGGAUUGUGCUGUUGUAAUUAAAAAGGACGUUACGGAAGACGUUGCACCAGAAGGCAAUGUUUCUAACAAUCCGGUAUCAAACAAUCCCAAUGAACCGUUUGUUUCGUAUGAACCGGCUGCAGCAACCUAUGACAAUGCCAACAUAGAUCUACCAGCAGUGAAGUACCAGUGCAUGGACGAUAUAGAGGUGGAUGGUUAUGAAAUUUCAGAUGAAAUCAUGAAUACUGCUAACUAUGAUGAUGCUGACGGUACGGAUGCAGCUGCUGCUAACGCUUCUUCUGCUAAUGCUGUCGUGCAGAACCAGGAAGAUGAUUCUAUCACUGUGAUAACGCUGCAAAACCUCGACGAUCAAACUCACACGACCUGCAUACGCACGGACGUUGGGCAAACGUUGGAGCCUACUAUGAUCAAUGAAUUAACACCAGUGGAAAUCAAGUACGAUGAGUACGAUGCCGGUAGCCAGCUGGUGCUGCCGUGUGGAGAAAAUUUGACCAAGGCAGAGCUGUGCAAUGUUCAGCAUCAUAAUACGAAUGCAAACACCGGACCGAAUACCGGUGGAAACAGCGCCACUGCCAAUGCGCAAAUGAUUGAUUGGCCGCCUGUGACUGUACCGACGACAGAAUCGAUCCCGUAUAUUGUAUAUGAAAAACUUGAAUAUGGUUCUUCUAGCGGAACUGUCAUCAUUCCCGACAUUUUGCCCGAUAAAGCGACAGCGUUCAAAGGACAAUCCGCUCAAUACACUACCACUGGACAAGGCUUUAGCAAUGUGCCGAUGCUUGAACAGAAAAGUUCAACGGCAGCAGCACCAGCGUUAGUACAUGCAGUGGAUGACCUGCAAAAUAAGACAAGCUGCUACACAACAGUCGCUAAUAGCAGCCCAAAGCAGGAAACGUUAUCAGAUGUACCACGACGUGAAGACCCACAGGUGUCCAAGUACGAAGUGUUCGAUACUGGUGUUUCCGGCAAGGAGAUUGAAGAAGAAGAGGAGGAGGAAGAGGACGAUGGGGGAUUUUCGCUCGAGGAUAUCGAUAUCAAUUCGUUGGUGCUAGUCGAAAGUCAGGAUAGCGUUGAUCCGAACAGAACGUUCUACGAAAUUUAUGUUUCGAACCCGGACACGGGUCAGCUAAGCGAAAAACCGCUCGAUGUGCCGGCGGACGUGAUUGAAAACAUUCGUCAAAUAUUGGAGGCUGGCGAACGGUAACGUUCAUUUUUCUUGGCAAGGUAAUGUAUCUGGAAUUAAUUCUCAUUAGUAAGUUAUAUAAGUGUGUAUAAUUUUAGCGAUCUAUGCACCGAGUGCCGAACGUGUGGACGGUAUUCGUGCUUUAUCGCAUUAAUUUAACUAGUAAUGUAUUUUUACCUUAGCAUAUCAAAUAAAGUGAAAUUUCCCUUUUAAGUGGUUUGGAAAACAAAAGGUUACCGAUGUUUUCGAACAAUCAACAGAGUGUAACGAAAAUAUAUAGGUAUUUGCCACGGGUUAGAAGAAUUUAUGUAUAU